UACAAUAUUAACUCUGGUGCUUCAGUUAAAGCUGAGUAGUAAUUCGUCACCUUUGCUAGUAUGCAAUUGGAUUAAGCCAAACAACUAUGUUUCGAACAAUUUUGUGAAAAUUGGAAGCCGAUGAACAUAACAGAAAAUGGAUUAUAUACCCGAAAUGAUUGCGCAACUAUGCUUCCUGCCGAGCGGAUUAUUUAUGGGAUAUAUAUUUUACGUUUUUGAAUUUGCCAACAAAGAAAAAUUAGAGAACAUCACCUACUUUCCGUACAUCAUUGGUUUCUCUGCAGCAUUUCUAAUUGCUUUGCUUUAUAGUGCAUUCAAAUCAAAUAAGAGACAAGAACUCUAUCAACAAUUUCACAUAUUGAUCGGUUGUUCAGUUUUGUAUUGCAUCGGUGGCGGGCUAUUCAUGUUGCAGAUAUCCACACCAGCUGUGUACAUUUCCGGACUCGGGCACGGUAUCACCUACAUAUCCAGCUUCAGUUAUUUAAAACUUCGUGUCACUGCAUCGAAACGUUCAUUUCGACUAGCUGUUUGCCAUUUCUGGUAUUUGUUCGGCUGUGCCCUAUCAAUUCAGCUUAUGAAUGAGAAUCGCGAUCUUCGCAACAUAAAUGAAUUAAUUGGUGGAUGCAUACUUGCAUCUAGCUGCAUUUCAAUUGUAUUGAUAAGCAUAUUAGAGGUGUGUCAAUAUUGCAAAAUAUUGAAUUAUAAAUGCAGCUUAGACGAUGCCAUAAAUAAGGCUAAUGCGGGGAAGACAUUAGUGCUUAAUCGAAAACAAUUGAUUGCUUCUUUCGAUGCAUCACAUCGGCCUGGAUAUGCUGUUGUACAGAUCCGAGACAAUCAAAAAUCGCCGUCAUUUUGGUUGGUAUUUUUGAAGCUCAAGGGAACAAUGCUUUUUUCCUCCGUUGUUAUGGAUUAUUCGGUACGAGCGACUAAUCUUCAUACUCACAUGGAAAACUAUGCAUUCAUCCAAUGGAUUACCUUUGCUGGAUGCGGAAUGGCACUACUUGCGUAUACAUUUUUCAACAAAAACGUGUUAUUUUAUUUAUUUUGUGCGUGCCAACUGUUGGGACUCAUAGCAGCUGUAGUCGUCUACAGCAAUGAAGACAAUUUGAUGGAAGCAGCCGUACCACUAUGGAUGUAUUAUGUAUUUAUGGGAGCAGGAUAUUGUAUAGCCGACAUAGUUCUCGUGGAAAUUUCAUCCAUUCAAAAAACUGAAAUUGUGCUCAGCAUUGGAUAUUUAAUUGAAUUCCUUCCGGUAACCAUAAUUCAGUACUGCCGUUUCUAUGCAGAAUCUGCCGUUUAUUACUUAAACGAUCCAGUACUAACAUUCAAAGCUCAUGUGAUUAGUUUCAUAUGUGCCACUGUAGUGCUUAUGAUACUGUUUCUGAUAAAUAUGCCAAAAACACAAGGCAAAUCGUUGCUGGAUAUUCGAAACAACAUUUUCGGUAUUAAGCUAAUCAAGCAACUAACCUUACCAGGUGACGAAUUCCGAUCUUAUAAUUAUCCUCGGCGAACUGAACCGCCAGCGACAACGACAUAUCCAUUCGAAAUUGCACCAGUAUAUCCACGACAAAAAAAGUCAGUGGUUCCAACAGUCACACCAGCAGAACCACCUGCACCACGCUUAAGUACAAUUUCGAGCAAUCCUUACCGGCUUCCACCGCCUACAAACACAAAUAGACCUAUUCCACAGGAAGGCAUUUACCGAAACAUUCCAAGUAGUCAUAUUGGCGUUGGCAUGAACAGAGGGACCGAUUUUCAUUUAAUGAAUCCCUCCAACAUUGUUUCCACAGCUAUAGUAGGGGGCGUAUUAUUUGGCGCUAUGUCGACAAAUUUGUGAUUUUUAAUCCCUUUCGUGAUUUAUUAAGAAAUUGAAACAAAAAUCAAAGCAAAGACGUUAAACGUAAUUUAUCUCAUUAUUUACCUAGUUUAAAAGCAAAGUACAAUAUCACUUCUGGCUCAACGCCGGAGUAAUACUUUUAGCAAUUUAUGUUAAUCGACGAUUGAAGUCAAAAUUACAUUUUGAAUUUUUAA